CGAUUAGACAUUAGUUAACCUAACCUAAGUUUUAGAUUGUUUAUGUUUAUCAAUUAAUUUCUUGUACUGUAAAAACAAUCAAUCAUAAGUUAAACAUGACGGAAUCUGAUUCAAAAAUUGGGCGUCUAGAAGAUGAAGCUUUAAAAAGAAAAGAAAGAUUAAAAAACCUAAAACGGAAAAGGCAAAGUGAUAGUUCCCAAGGUAAUAACAAAAAGGGCACCGAGGGUGAAGCUCUUCCUACACCAUCAUUUAGAAGUUACAAGCCUAUUAAUGAGAGUUUAAACGAGUUUGCACUUAAUCCAGCAGAACCCGGAGAUGUAACCACACAGGUGAAAAACCAGCUAGAAUCUGCAAAAUCCAAUGUGGUUAUAGAUCAACUAGAUGUCACAUCAUUAGCUCCCAGAAAACCAGAUUGGGAUCUUAAAAGAGAUGUUGCAAAGAAAUUAGCAAAAUUAGAAAAGCAGACCCAAAAGGCAAUUGCAGAAUUAAUCAGAAAUAGGUUAAGAGAAAGUAAACAAGAAGAUUUGGCUGCUAUUGUAAAUGCUGAAGCAUCAAAUGUAUAAACUGCAAAUUUCUAAUCUAACAGACCUUUUUAUAUUUGUUAUUUUAACUUUAAUUAAUAAAAUUAAAAAUAUAUUUU